AACCAAAUCAAAUCCCUUUCUUCUCCGUUCAAUUCAAAAAAAAAAAAAAACUCUCUCACUCAUCAUCAAUGGCGGUUGCAGUACCAGAAACCCUAGCAAGAGAUCAGUGCGUCUACAUGGCAAAACUCGCGGAGCAAGCCGAGCGCUACGAAGAAAUGGUCCAGUUCAUGGAAAAACUCGCCACGUCAUCAGCUCCAGGCUCCGAACUUUCCGUGGAAGAGCGAAACCUGCUCUCAGUAGCUUACAAGAACGUAAUCGGCUCGCUCCGUGCCGCGUGGAGAAUCGUAUCGUCGAUAGAGCAGAAGGAGGAGAGCCGUAAGAACGAGGAGCACGUGGUUCUUGUGAAGGAGUAUAGAUCGAAGGUCGAGAAUGAGUUAUCGGAUGUAUGUGCUGGUAUUUUGAAGGUUUUGGACUCGAAUCUCAUACCGUCGGCUACUGCGAGUGAAUCUAAAGUGUUUUAUUUGAAGAUGAAAGGUGAUUAUCACCGUUACUUAGCUGAGUUUAAAUCUGGCGACGAGAGAAAAACCGCCGCUGAAGAUACUAUGCUUGCUUAUAAAGCUGCUCAGGAUAUUGCUCUUACUGAUCUUGCGCCGACCCAUCCAAUAAGGUUGGGGUUGGCGCUCAAUUUCUCGGUGUUUUACUAUGAGAUCCUCAAUUCAUCUGAGAAAGCUUGUAGUAUGGCUAAACAGGCUUUUGAGGAAGCCAUUGCUGAGCUAGACACUUUGGGUGAGGAGUCCUACAAGGACAGUACUCUCAUCAUGCAACUAUUGAGGGAUAACCUCACUCUCUGGACUUCAGAUAUGCAGGAGCAGAUAGACGAGGCAUAGUUGGAUGGAAUUGUUAUGGCUCUUCCAGGGGGGUGGGCUAGAAUGUCAUGAAACUGUAAUCUAAGUUACGAUAUAGUUGUGUAAAAUUUGGUUUGAUUUUAGCUUUCCGACUAUUCUAAACAUCUCAUGUAGCUACUCCAAUACUUAUCAUGGAUUGCCGACAAACAACUUUCGAUUAGGAUAUGAAUGUCAAUUCCUAGUUGAGCA